GAAAAGAAAAGAAAAGAAAAGGGCUCGAUUUGUUGCUCUCACUCCGCUUUCUUCUUCAACCAAGACACAGAUCUCGUCGACGAUUGCGAAAACUCUUCUCAGAUCUCGUCGAAGAAGAAGAAGAAGAAGAGAGAGAGAGAGAGGAUGUUGCCGACGGUGUCGAAAGGGCGCACGUCCUCUAACGUGCGCCCCGCUCCGGUCGUCGCUCAAUAUCUCCGCAGAAUUGUCAAGUGGCAACAAAUGGAUAUUGAGUAUACUUUCUGGCAGAUGCUUCAUCUUUGUACCUCGCCGAAAGUUGUCUAUCAACACACAAAAUAUCAUAAGCAAACAAAAAAUCAAUGGGCACGAGAUGACCCUGCUUUUGUUGUGAUCUUCUGUUUAUUUUUGAUAGUUGCCACUUCAGCUUACUGUGUUGCGUAUGGUCAGAGUUUGGCACAUGCUGUCUUCACAGUUAUUUCAGUUGUUGUCUUUCACUUCUUAUUAGCUGGAUCACUUGUAGCCACAUUUUGUUGGUUCCUGGCAAACGCUUAUCUGCGUGAGGAGGCUCCAAACAGCCAUGUAGUCGAGCAACGUGUUGAAUGGUUGUAUGCAUUUGACGUGCACUGCAACUCUUUCUUCCCAUCAUUUAUUUUGCUUUAUGUGAUUCAGUACUUUGUGUCACCCAUCUUAGCAGCUCAUGGUUUCUUUCCUGUUCUGUUGUCAAAUUUGCUCUUCAUGGUGGCCAUUUCUUACUACCACUAUCUAAACUUUCUCGGUUAUGAUGUACUUCCAUUCUUGGACAAGACGACAUUCUUCUUAUACCCAAUUGGCCUUGUCAUCAUCCUAUCUCCUCUAAUGAUUCUAACUGGUUUCAACCCUACAAGAUAUUUCUUGAGCUUAUACUUCAGUUAGCCAUGAUUCGAACUCAAGCAGAGAGAAGAAGCCAUCCAGAGAUGGAGUCACUGCUGAUGCUGAUUCAUACAGAAAUUCAUGCGAAAAGGAGGAAGACUCCCCUUUUGAUUAUAAAUCAAGAAAGCAGAUAGAGAUCCAUAAGAAAGGAUGUUUUCUUUUCUUUUCUUUUCUUUUUUUUUUCUUUUUUGCCAUUUUUCUUGAGUGUGACUAGGCAACAUAUGGACUCUGUAAAGCUAAAGUUUAGUUUGAACAAACUUUGAGGAGUUUGGUGCUGGCUAAAGUAUUCUAACAGUGGUAGUGCGACUUAGGCAUCUAAUUUCACUGGUAUCUUGAAUUUUUGCAUGUGUUUGAUCA